AUGUACCGCAUCCGCAGUGGGCAGCAUGUCUACUACCUGACCAUCUCCACCGAUAUUACAUUCAUCUGGCACGAGAAGCAGAUUGGCGUGCUGUCCCUGCUGCGAAUGAAACGCCUUAGAUACGGCGUCUUUGAGACGCUCUAUGAAGGUCGAGUAGCUAUUGCCAAAACCGCCUGCUUUGAGUGGCAGAUUCCGAGCCUCACCGGCGAGACCUGGGCAUAUUACGUCUUGAUUGAAACUCAACGACCCAGUGAUAACCCUCUCAUUGCGCCGGAGUUUCUGGGCCACUUGACGGAGAAUGGCCGCGUGAUGUGCUUCCUCGUGGAGAAUUGGAAAGCAGAUUUGCGCGGCCUAGGACUUGUGCACGGAGAUGUAAACCGGUAUAACUUCAUUGUUGAAGAAUGUUGUCGUGGAUGUGUUCGUCUGGAGAGACUGGCGCAUACAGAACUCGAGUCACUUCCCGCUGAGUUGGCCGAGGAGACGGGACACGGCUCUACCAUUACUAGGCUGGUUAUUCAGCCAUGA